CAUCACGAACUGACCUCGCUCUUCGAGUGCCCCGUCUGCUUCGACUAUGUGCUGCCGCCCAUCCUGCAGUGCCAGGCCGGGCACCUGGUCUGCAACCAAUGCCGGCAGAAGCUGAGCCUCUGCCCCACUUGCCGGGGCUCCCUCACCCCCAGCAUCAGGAACCUGGCCAUGGAGAAGGUGGCCUCGGCCGUGCUCUUCCCCUGCAAGUACGCCACAACAGGCUGCUCUCUGACACUCCAUCACACAGAAAAGCCAGAACACGAAGACAUCUGUGAGUAUCGUCCCUACUCCUGCCCAUGCCCUGGUGCCUCCUGUAAAUGGCAGGGAUCCCUGGAAGCCGUGAUGUCCCACCUCAUGCACGCCCACAAAAGCAUUACCACCCUUCAGGGAGAAGACAUCGUUUUUCUUGCCACAGACAUUAACCUCCCGGGGGCGGUUGACUGGGUGAUGAUGCAGUCGUGCUUCGGUCACCACUUCAUGCUGGUGCUGGAGAAACAAGAGAAGUAUGAGGGUCACCAGCAGUUUUUUGCCAUCGUGCUGCUCAUCGGCACCCGUAAGCAAGCGGAGAACUUUGCGUACAGACUGGAGCUGAACGGCAACCGCCGCCGGCUGACCUGGGAGGCAACGCCCCGCUCCAUCCACGACGGGGUGGCUGCGGCCAUUCUCAACAGCGACUGCCUAGUUUUCGAUACGGCUAUAGCACACCUUUUUGCUGACAACGGAAACCUCGGCAUUAACGUGACAAUUUCUACGUGUUGUCCGUGACGUAGUUGCG